AAAUAUAUAAAUAACAGGAUCUUCUGAUUUCCUCUCUACCUGGAUUUCUUCCUCACCUCUCUCUAUCUCUUUCUUUCUCUCUCUGCAACCAAAACAGAACAAGAAAAAAACCCUAAUUUUGAAUUCGCCGUUUCAUCUCUUCUCUUACAAUAAAUUGAAGUGAUCAGCAGGAAUGUAGUUGGAUUUGUUGUGGCAUCAGAUAGAGAAUUUCAAUAAUUUGCUAUAAAGACUUCUAUUGGGAAUAAUGGAGGCUAACAUAUGUGACAUCAGUCACUUGGAUGCUGAUGUCCUUUUGCCUCCUCGAAAGCGCCUGCUUGCUGGAUUCAAGAAACAGAGUUCUGAUGGUGAUGGUGCUUCACGUCCUCCUAUAGUUGCGUCCUCUUCAUCUUCAGCAUCUCCUCCUUCUCCAUCUCCUUCUCCAACACCUCGUUCUCCUUCUUCGAAUGAAUUUCAGACACAACUUAACAUUCUGUUGAGUUCCCAUUUUAAUAGUAGUCACAACCUUUCAACUGAGCAGAUUGUAGAGGCCUCAAAGUCAGCAGCUGAGGCUGCUGUUAAGGCUGCAGAGGCUGCAAGAGCAGCAGCUCAGGAAAAGGCUAUUAUUGCAGCAAAAGCAGUGUCUGCUGCCAGGAGUGCUUUAGCCUUGGUUGCAUCAUUUCCUGAAGAGACAGCUAGCAAGGAUAAAUUCCUGAAAAAGAAUAAGUUGAAGAAGCAUGUUCAAGUUCAGCUCUUGUACAAAAAGCACCAACCAGUUGAGAAUUUUAGGGAUGAUGAAAAAUUAGCUCGUAAGUUGCAUCGAGUUAUGAAUAGCUCCCCAAGAAUUUCAAAGAAUUCUUCCAGUUCUGACUUGAAAGGUGGCCAUAGAAAUAAGAAGCCUAAAAGCUCACCAAGUUCUGAAAGAACUAGGGUUUCAAAUGGAAGUACAAUGUUUGGAGAGAACCUGCCUUCGUCUUGCAAUGGGCAUGCCAUAGCAGGUGAGUUGGAUUCUGAUGAAUCCAUCCAGGAGGCGCACACAAGUAUCCCAGAUGAAAAGGCAUUGAAAUAUGAAAAAACUGGCCAAUUAGACAUAGAUAACUGGGAAGCAGAGUCAAGUCAUUUGAAAGAGAAAAACCGGGGUGAUUCAGGUUCCCCUAGUAAAAAGAGGGGAAGACUGAAACUGAAGAAGUUGCCGUUAAGCAUUUGUAACUCUAAGGAUCAAUCAAACCCCAAGGAAGGUAGUCUUCCUAAAAUCCUCCCAUUGACUGAUAAGACCAUGGGCAAUCCUACUACUCGUAGCAAGCCUUUGUUUCCAAUGGAGCCUUCCUCUGGUACUCUGGUGCAAAUUGAGGCUACAUCAAUUUGGAAAUGCCAGGAGUUCAAAGCACCCGCAUGCAUCAAACAGAAUAAAGUCGUUCAGUCAUAAUCCUCGAACCCUCCUUGGUAACAGCUGAUGGCUUUUAGAAGUUGAUAGCUGAGGUGGGAUUUGUGAUGCUCUCCUCCUUUUUAAUAGAAACUGGUUAUUUGAUUUUUCUUUUUUCCUUUUCUGAUCUUCGGUUUUGUAAUGAAGUUGAACUGAUUGAAAUGUAUAUUUUUAAAAUUCAAUUACUUGCAUCAAUACUUACAAAUUCAAAA